AUGAUCAUCGAACCACAGAACCAAACAAUUCCGUUGGCUGGAGACGAUGUCAAUCAAUCUCAAAUACCGCGUUUUUCCGGACUUAUUCCUUUUCUUGAUGGGAACACACAACCACCUCCCAAUUUCGAUGAUAAAGUGAUGCAACCCCCUCAGCCAAUACCUUUAGUACAACAAAUCCAACAACCUGUUCAACAACUUAUUCAACAGCCCAUCCAACAACCCGUUCAACAAAGUGACAUCCCAUUAAAUCCAAAUUUUAGUACAGACAUCGUCAAUUCAUUACAUAUGAAGAAAUUGGACAAAGAGAAAAAGCCCGAGAAGAUGGGCAAAGACCGAGUUGUGAACGUUAUUAAAUAUCCUUUGUCACCGAUGAAACACACAAAAAUACCAAAGGCCGCUGGAAGUCCUUCGACGUUGUCUAAAAUGGUCAACGUAUCACCGAAAUACUCGCCAAAGAAUUCUCCACGCAACUCACCAACACGAAUGGAUAAACCAAAACUCGUUGACAACACGAAGAUGCAAAUUAGCGCUCAAGAAUUGAGCGAGAUGAAGACGGCACAUAAGACUACACCAAUGCCACAAGCAAGUUCAAAACAUUUGUUUGGGAAUCAUUUACGAGAAUUCCAACAAAAUCGGCCACAACAACAAUUGUCGAUUCACCCUGUAUCAACGGCACAACAAAAUUCGCAAGGUCAAGGCGAUGGGAAGCCGACUGGGUAUCCGAUCUCACCGUUCAACUCGAGUGACGAAGGGUUACGCGAGCGCACUCGAAAGGCGAAAAUAGUGCAACAAAUGAGUUGGGCGCGAGAUGAAAAGAAGCUUGAGGAAAUCAUUAAAGAGAAUGAGAAGAUCAAUCCCGCGGAGAUCUUUGGGACACGACCGAUUAUAGUGAGGGAAGGGAGUGUCUCGAAUUUUGUCGGGAAGGACGCGGUGAAUGCAAAGAAGUUUUUGCAACGCAACCGCUCGAUGGUGUGGGGAUAA